ACGACACAUCCGGUUAGUCAUUGAUCAUACAAUAAGUAAGACUCUCACAAUACUUCAGUUUUUGUAAUAAAAUAUUUUAAAUGCCGAUUUGUAUUUUAUGAAUAUUUGAGAAUGUGUAAACCCGUUACGUGAAACCUUUGUGCUCUACUUUGUUCGUAUUUUGCUUUAAUGAUUAUCAUUCACGAUCGCCAUGAUACAUCUGUGUGACCGCAACAAAAAAUACAAAUAACAUUCAUAACCUCCGAUAUAAAAUAAAAUGAUUUUUUAAAAGAUAUGUUUGUAUGUAUGUGCAUAUGACGUAUAACCAAGGACAAUGGGAAGACGAAUAAAUGCAAUCCGAGCGAACCUAAACGAACGUGAGCGAACCUAAACGAACGUGAGUGAAACUAAGAGAACGUGAGCGUAACCUAUCGAUAACGGAAGAGAACUAAAAUCUUUAUUCUCUUGCGCAGAUUUGCUUUCUCUGAUAAAAAUUUCCAUAAAACUUCAUACAAAGAUAUGAUAUUGCAAAAUUUCGUAUGAUAAACAACUGAAAUUAGAUUAUUACUGUUUGUUAUCAUUGCGCUUAUAUACAACUGACAGUCAUAUAAAUUUUGAUAUGUCAACAGAGAGAAUCAUUAAUUCGUAUUACUAAUGCUACAACGAGCUGUAACGUAUAGGUGAUAUGACAGCGUGAAAAUUAAUCUUGACGGAUGAUAACAAUGUUUAAAAUUUAGUUAAUGUCAUUCAUCUGACGUAUGCAUUUAGAUAUCCAACUAAAUAAAGUGUUCAGUGAUUAUUCUAUUGCUACGAACGCUAUAAUAUUAUAAAAGUAUAUUUAAAGAGUUUUAAAAUACAAAAACGCAAGAGGUGUUAUCGAAGGAAAAAGUAAGGCUAUUGAAAAUUAUACAGAUUGUGACACAAAGCGUAAUAUGAAUUUAUUUCGAUAUAAAUUAAUCUUUAAAAAUUCAUCUUUAAGUUGCACCGUGUAAAUUUUAAUGCGAUUUAGAACACAACCAUAAAUAUUGUCAUGAAUAUAAUGGAUAUAAAAGAUAAUCCUGAAAAUGAUAAUUUUGGAUCUUAUCAUGCUUUGUUGAUCGCAUUCAAAACAAUGAAGGAACGUUGUCAACAAUUACAAACUAGAUUAGCUGCUGUAGAAGAAGAAAAUUUGUGUUUGAGACUCGAAUGUGGAAAGGAUAUGUCUACUGCGAUUGUAAAAGUCAAUAGUAAUGACAAAGCUGUCAUUCAAACUUUACAGGAAAAAGUAGAAAAUCUUAAAAAACAAAAAUCACAAUUAACCCAUCAUGUCUUUAUGGUUGCUGCAGAAAAUCGUCAUUUAUGGAACCGACUAAUCAGAUUAUCAAAAACCAAUAAGUCUUUAGAAAUGCAUUUCACAAAAAUUUCUGAUGCAUUAAAACAACAUCCUUCUACUCAAUCAUUUGAUAUUAUGUCACAUAGUUUUUGUAAUAUUCCAUCUCCUAUUAAACAAGAAACAAAUAAAUGUAUAUUGGGUAUAGAUAAUGGUGAAAAAGAGCAGAGUUUGGAAGAAAUAUCACUUAAACUUAUCAACAGUAUUAUGUUAGAAAAAUCUGAUCUUGAACAGCAGUAUGCAGAGAUGGUAGAAUUACAAAACAACGCUGACUUAAAUUUACAAAAUAUUGGUUUCACUUAUCCAGAAGAUUCUGAUACAGAUUCAUUAGAACAAUUAAAACAACAUGAUGUAAGAUUAUCACAAACAAAGGAUGCCUUAUUAGCACAACAGAAUAGAUUGAAAAGAGCUAUACAGAAUAUGAAAAAAAUUAAAAGAGGAGGAAUGUGUAAUGGUUGCCGUAAAAAUGCGAAUAAAAAAGUUGUGCAUAUAGGAAUACAAUUUAAUUCAGCUGACAGUUUUCAAGAACAUGGUUCAACACAAACAAGUUUACCACCAAUAAGUUUAUCUUUAGAAAAAUGUGCUACUGAAAAUUCAGAUACUGAUGAUAAAAUUUGUCCAUUAUGUGGAUUUUUUUAUGGAAAGUCUAUCCCAUUUGCAGAAUUUCAUGAACAUGUUUUGAGUCAUUUUACGAAAGAUACAUCUGUAGAUGGGUUUGAACUUGUACAUUAAUCCUAUGUAUAGAAAAGUGAUGAAAAGCAAUUCUAUCAAAUCUGUUGUCAAUUUAUUAAUGCAGUCUAAGUUACUGUUGGAUAAGUACAAGAUAGUAAAAUAUGUAAAUAAUUGAUAAUUCUCAUAGAUCUAUUUGCCUUAUUUAUAACAUUGUUUUCAAUCAGUGAAUUCUAUAAAAUGUUGAUACAUUAUUGCAUCAUUAUGAAGAAUGAAUAGCCAACAAAUAUUUUACUAUAGAUUAUAUAUUUGUAUCUUGCAUACUGCUGGAUAUAGAAAUUAUUUACAAAUAUACUACUUAUUUUCACAAUAAAAAAUAUUUCUAAAUCAAAUCAAGUUAACAUACUGACAUUACAAAGAUAUUAUAGAUUGUUUAAUAAAAAUUAAAUCUCUGUAAUGAUUAAAAUAGCAUUAAAAAAAGGAGUACAAUAAAUGUUCAAAUAACUUCUAUAGAAAAUACUUUGAAUUGUUUUAAGCAAGUUGUGACGGUUUUAUAUCCUUACUAUCGGAAGGUUCAACUGUAGAUGGUUCAAGAAGAUUUUCAUGAAACCAUUCAGGUCGUUUCUUUGGCAUCUCUAUUACUUUCUGGUUCUAAAUAAAAAAUUAAUGGUACAAAUCAGAUUUUAAAAUAAUGUAAAAUAAACAUUUUUGUUAUAUUAAUAUAAAUCUAAAAUAUAAUCAAAUAAUUAUUGAAGUACCUUCCAGAA